AUGGGAAAUUGUUUACGGCAUGGUCAUGAUCAGUCUUCCAUGCAAUGGGGUGGUGACGACUGGGGGUGUCCGGAAAAAGAUGAAUUUGGCCGGCUUUAUGCAGCUGGCCGGGAUAAGCGCAGUCAUGAGAUGGCCGGCGACGACAAGGCCUCGAAGAUGGAAGAGAAGGGACUUCUCGGACACGACAGAGGCCGUUCUAUUUCUUCAUCUGCAACAGCAACAAGUGCCGCCUCUACAAUUACCGAGGUGAAGAUCAAGAUCACAAGGAAGCAGCUGGAGGAGUUGCUGGGUAGUGUGGACAUUAAGGAUCUGACUGUGCAUCAAGUUUUGGCCCAGCUGAUGAAUGCCAGCGAUCAAUACGAGACGCAUCAACGAUCCUGGAGGCCUGCCCUGCAGACUAUUCCUGAAGGGAAUUGA